ACCCCAUCCUCUCCUGUCCUCUAUCUCUCUGACACCCUUCCUCUCUCUCUCUAAAACCAUCACCAGCAGUCCUCUCUCGCCGGCCGAAGCACAUCAUCGUCGACCAUGGUUGUCGAGAUGAAGGAGAACGGCGUGGCGGCGGCGGCGGGCGCGGGCGAGAAGGCGGCGCCGCAGCUGAGCGUGAAGCGCGGGGAGCCGACGCUGGUGCCGCCCGCGGAGCCGACGCCGACGGGGGAGCAGUACUACCUCUCGAACCUGGACCAGAACAUCGCCGUGAUCGUGCAGACGGUGUACUGCUACAAGCCCUCCGGCGGCGCUGCCGGCGACGGCGGCAAGGACGACGUGGCGGCGGCGCUCCGGGACGCGCUGGCGCGGGUGCUGGUGCACUACCACCCGCUGGCGGGGCGGCUGGGCAUCAGCCCGGAGAUGAAGCUGACGGUGGAGCUGACCGGCGAGGGCGCGGUGUUCGUGGAGGCCGACGCCUGCUGCGAUCUCGCCGACGUCGGGGACCUCACCAAGCCCGACCCCGCCGCGCUCGGCCAGCUCGUCUACUCCGUCCCCGGCGCCAAGCACAUCCUCGAGAUGCCCCCCAUGACCGCGCAGGUGACGAGGUUCAAGUGCGGCGGCUUCGCGCUGGGCCUGGCCAUGAACCACUGCAUGUUCGACGGCAUCGGCGCCAUGGAGUUCGUCAACUCGUGGGCCGAGACGGCGCGCGGCACCGCCGAGCUCACCGUGCCGCCGUUCCUCGACCGCACCGUGCUCCGGGCGCGCGACCCGCCCGUGCACACCUUCCCGCACCACGAGUUCGCCGAGAUCCCCGACGUCUCCGACACGGCGGCGCUCUACGGCUCCCAGGAGCUCCUCUACCGCUCCUUCUGCUUCGACCCGGACCGCCUGGAGCGCGUCCGGGCGCUGGCGCUUGCCGGCGGCGACCUGGGCCGCUGCACCACCUUCGAGGCGCUCUCGGGCCUCGUGUGGCGCGCGCGCACCAAGGCCCUGGGGCUCGCGCCCGAGCAGCGCACCAAGCUGCUCUUCGCCGUCGACGGGCGGCGCCGGUUCGUGCCGCCGCUGCCCCGGGGCUACUUCGGGAAUGGCAUCGUGCUGACCAACGCGAUCGCCACCGCCGGCGAGCUGCUGUCGGCGCCCGUGUCGCGCGCGGCGGGGCUGGUGCAGGACGCCGUGCGGAUGGUCACCGACGAGUACAUGCGGUCGGCGGUGGACUACUUCGAGGCGACGCGGGCGCGGCCGUCGCUGGCGUCCACGCUGCUCAUCACCACGUGGUCCAGGCUCGAGUUCCACGGCGCCGACUUCGGGUGGGGCGAGCCCGUCAUGUCGGGGCCCGUCACGCUGCCGGAGAAGGAGGUCAUCCUCUUCCUCGCGCACGGAAAGGAGAGGAAGAGCAUCAACGUGCUGCUCGGCCUGCCGGCCACCGCCAUGGACGCCUUCCAAGAGCUCAUGGACGAGAUAUGAUGGAGCGGCGGCCGGUGCCCGCGGCGGCUGGGACAGACAUGGGUGCUACACAUACAUAUAUAUAUAAAUGCAGGGUGCUUUUAUGCUUAAAUUGCACGGGGUUUACAGUGCGGUUGUGUUAAUUGUGGUGCGUUUGUGUUAAUAUUCACUAUAUGUUGGUGUUUAAUGGAUACUUAUAUGAGAAUUCGUUAUCAGCUGUAAUGGUUUUUGUUUAAUGAAAAAUAGCAUCUGUCGUUGCUUUAAUUUACUAA